GCGCGCGGCGGCAACAUCGAGUCAGUGUUGUGUGUGUGUGCGCGGCAUGUGUUGAUGUGUGGUGAUCAUGGUAUACACCAGGCCGGGAACUGGAAGCUUCCCACCGGCCUGACGGUCGUACUGGAUGCGUCUCACUCUGUACACGUUACCAAAGCUAGCCGUCUCUGCGAAGUUACUGUGCCUCCUGAUGGUAGUGAUCUGUGGCGCUGUCCCCUCUAUGGUCCGAUCCGUGCGGCUUUACAACGACUGCAGCAGCAGCCAAGUUCGAGUCGACAUGAAAGGUCGUGUCCUCGCAGACGAUGUUGACAUCCCCGACAGAUUCCGAAACUUGACAAUACGGUCUCUAGACUUCAGCGUCAAGUUGACCAUCUUCGCGGAGGAAUCUAAACGGUUUCUCUGCUUCAACCACAAGUGGAAGCUCGUGGGCUCGAAGAGGUUCCGGGGGUCGAUGUGUCAGUUCUACGAGAUCAUGGUCCAGACGGGAUACAACAGGUUCAGGUCGGUGGUGGACGAGACCCGGUACAUCGGCUUCAACAGGAAGGGGAAGCCACUGCGGGGGACGUCCACGCCUCACAACCCAAAGUGUCUCAACUUUAUCAAACUAGACCAGAAGUUCAACAUCGAGAACCACAACAAGAUCCUAGCGGGGGGCGGCGGAGGGGGCGGCGGCGCGUACAACGACUCAGCAGACUCGGUGCUGAGGAAGUCGCCGUUCAGCAAACUGUGGAGGACGACGACGCCGCGAAUACGACACAACAACCACCACCGGAAGUUCCCUUAGACACUGUGGCUCGGCCACCUAGCCGUGUAUUUACUGUACAUACAGCAUACAGCGGGCACAGACUGUAGAUCUGACGUGGCAUGAAUGUGCUUUAUAUAUGUUACUGUAGGACAAUAACGUGAAGCAAUGAUCAAUGAUCACAUCACACCAAUAUCGACAAUAACUGUAUCGUUACGUUCAACCAUUCCGACCGAGCUCUCAGUCUUAGCGUUUAUACUUAUAUGAAAACUUAUAUGAUUUCCAAAAUUAUACUAAUUGAAUUAAAUCUAUCUAAAAUAUUUGCGGCAAGCAACACAACUGUCUACAAUAAUUGUGUGUUGCAAAUAACCAAACUCAUUAUUGAUUAAAUCAAUCAAUUUUUUUCUGAACCAUUUGAUUCUACUUCAGAUAAUGCGGUAAAAAUCGUUAGUUUCGUUUUAAAGAAACAAUAAUUUGUUCGAGUACUUGUUACUUUUAAUCGAAUUGCCUACAAAUAUUUAUUAUUAUUAUUAGUACAGGAUUGGCGAGUAUUUAAAAUGGUCGGUACAGUUUGUUUGGCUUAAUACAAAUCACUGAUCACUCGGAUUAAGAUAGUUUUAGUUGUUACGUCUCUGUAUAUUUUGUAUAUUUUAUUCUAGUGCUGCACAUCUGAGAUAAUUUGUAUUUUAACAACGCAUCACCUUUGUAGUAAAGUAAGGCAAGGUAAAUGACACACAAGACUGAUAAGUUUCGGAGCCGAGAGUCCAUUGUCACUUAGCUUACUGUCUGAACAUUCCUUUAGUUAAAGUCAUUUUGCCUUUCUUCGGCUAUGUACAGUUUAUUAUGUUUAGGGCAUUAGCUACUACCCGCUCUCACUGCUUCUAGUAUUUAUAUGGUAUGGAUGUAUAUAAGAUGUAUAAUACCAGGAAUAAACAGAUUAUAUAAGCACAAACCAGCUUAACAAAGUUCCUUAAUACAGUAAUAAUCAAACUGUUCAGAAUGUAGUUAGUUUUCGUGAAGAGGUAUUCUACAACCUUAAUAUUGUUCAAAAAAUAAAACUCAUAAACUGAAAGUAUAUUUAAUACUUAGAAGAAUUAGUUUAAUUUUAAUGAGUAACUUUA